UUACUACGGUCUUUUCGUUCAUCGCAGGGUCUGUCUAUGCGUUUGGUUGAUUCUGGAUGGUGUAGAUUAGUUUGUGUUUUGUGGUCAAUAUUGUGUUUCUCAUGAGAGUAAUGGAGUGAAUUCGGUAAAGAAUGUACAAACGAGUGUGGAAAACACGGUGGGCGUUUGAAAAAUACUAAAAGUGAUUAUUUUAGCUGAAUUUUUUUUCCCGCCAUUCAAACGGGUAAACAUUUUGCAUAAGAAGUGAGAACAGUGAAAAGUAAAAGCGGAUGAGUGAAGUUGAGAUACAAUAUUCGAAUUAGUGAGUGGUACAUCUCACCACUGGUUUGACAAUCACUAUUGCUGGGAAGGAAAAAGUUUUUGUGGAACAGCAAGCCAUUGAAAGCAUCUCAAACGUAGUGGCCUGGAAGCAAGUCAACUCGUGCCAACAAAGUAGCAGGAAUAAAAAUGCCUCUACUUCGAAGGAAACUCUUCGAGAAGGUCUCCGGUCCUGAACGCCUUCGAGAUGGCGAUGAAGUAUUUUAUUGUGAAACGACGAACGAAAUCUUCAGUAACUAUGAGGACUACUUUCAUCGAGUUAUGCUAAUUUCUUCAAUUGUGUGGAGCUGUUCAAUAACUGGUAAACCGAACUUGACUUAUGCGGAGGCAUUAGAAUCGGAAAAGCAAGCCCGUAAGCUGCUUAAAAGUUUUCCGCACGCCGUUAAAGGUCCAUUGCUAUUAAUAGCUUCUCACACAAAACGCAGCUCCUUGAAUGAACUGCUUGAAGAUGUUUUCAGCUUUAUUAAGGAUCACUACUUCAAAGGGGAAGAACUAGAUGCAAUUGACCCAAAUAAAAAGUUGUAUCGAAGUGUAACUAUAUUGGAUGUGAUUCCACCCAACAUCAAAACCAGUCCUAUAAAAUCGGAAAAAAUGAAGUAUCGCGUACAAUCAGACGAUGGCCGAAAACCGAAAGAGUGGACCGUGAACGCUGAAAAUAUAAAGCGUGAUCGUUUUUCUACCACGCGUGACAAGUGCAAACUGUUUUUGAAACUGCACGUCGAGCAGGUGGCUGGUGUGUUGAAGAUUAAGGAAGCUUCCCUUAAGAAGUUUGUCGUCGAUGAGGGAAUUACGACCGAACAGGUUUUCUUCGGCAAACCACCUGAUUUCGAACAGUCGAAGCGCUUGAAGAAUGCUGAAGAAAAAAAGCACCGCCAGGAACAGGAGAAAUCAAUUGUAUCACCAUCGCAACAAAAGCAGAAAAAGAAGAAAAAUUCUAGUGAACACAGCGCCAAGGAUGGGAAACAGCAAAGUAUUGCCAAAUACUUAAAUAAGUCCACCGAAGAUGGUAAUAAACAAGAUGAUAAUGAUGUGGAUAAGAAAUCUGAUAAUCUUAAAGAAGAAAUGGAACGAAUACGAAAAGAGAAAGCGGAGAAAGAUGCAUUGGAGAAGAAACGGCUGGAGGAACAAAAGGCUAUUCUCGCGGAACAAGUAACGAUUGCUAUUAAAAAAUACAAUCGCGUUCUUGACGACCAAGAACUAUCUGAUCAACGAGUGAUUCCAGCGCCAAUACCGGUUAGCACUAUAAUUGGGGAGAGACAUUUCAGCACAUUUAUGUACAUUUUAGAGUUCAUGACAUCUUUUGCUGAAUUACUAUCGAUCAAGGACAAGUUUGCCAACGGUCUGACAAUGGAAUUGUUAGAGAGGGCAUUGUUGUUAAAGGAGGUGAAUGGCCCACUCAGUGAUAUCUUCCAGGUACUUCUGAGUACACUCUUUUCUCAUCAAAUAGAAGAAGAAAAUGAAGUAGCUGUUCGGUUUGAUCCUGCUGCAGAUUGCGGAAACCGCAAAACUGGAAUGGCAGCUCUCAAAAAAGCAACGGAGGCUGCAAUCUGGUGUGAAUCUCACUACUGCUCCAAACUUAAUGAGUUGCCGAUGGAUUCAACUACCAUAUCAGAACUUCUUCGUCUCCAUUUCUUGACAUCUGGCGCACUUAUCGAAGAAAAGGGGGCUAAAUGGCGGUAUUCAAUGCGAGGGGGCUACCAAAGCUUCGACGACCCUGGUGUUCAACUCGUGCUUGAUUUUCCGCACAUAUUUAGAGCACUCAAAUCGUACACAGUAUUCCAGCUUCCAGCUGGUGACAUCCUAAAGAUCUUAAAAUGUCUUAUAGACCAGCUGUUAACGUACGGCAGUGUAAGGGAACUUGUAGAGGAACGUCUUGAAAAAUCUAGGACAGCUAAGCAACAAUAUCUCACGGCAAAUGUCGCUAAGAGAAAGCGCGAAGCUGGCGUUGCCUCAAAAAAAUGGGACAUGAGAGGCGAGAUCAAGAAAAAGGUUGUAGCUCUCGAAGGCUCAGUAGAAGAGAAGGUAGCACUACGGAAGGAGCUGGAAGAAAAAAUGGCUCAGGAAAUAAUCAAAAUGGAUGCAGAGGCAGAGCGUGACAUAAAAAUAUUGCAAAAAGACAUCGAUAAAUUCAAGGAAAGUUUCUUUGACUAUCAGAUUUAUCUUGGUACAGAUCGCGCGAAUCGCAGCUAUUGGUUGUUUGAAUCACUUCCCGGCCUAUUUGUGGAACAUGAUCGAACGUUUAGCGGUAGAUGUCUAGAUAUGCCCACUUCUCAUUUGCCUGGUCUUGCUUCCUGUCCAGCGGAUCAACGGAAAAAGUUCAUCACUCAGACUAUUAUGAACAACAAACUAAGCGAAAACGAUAAAGAAAAUAAAGUAACUACUGGCGAACUUAUUGAAAAAUUGAUGCUGAACGGAUGCGUAAAACUAAAAGGAUUGAACGAUCAAAAUAAAGCAACGGUUAACGGUGUCACUGACGAUGCGUCAGGAGUAAUUAAGAAGGAAAUGUCAUCUCCAACCAACGAGGAACUUCUUAUGUGCACUGCGAAUCCGAAGGCUUGUCCAGUUCACACCGAAAAUUUCCCAGGAACCAUCCAAUGGGGUUUCUAUCACACUGAAGAGCAAAUAAAUGCUUUAAUAGAAAGCUUGAACUCGAGAGGUAUACGUGAAAAAAUGUUGCGCGAAAAUUUGGAAAAUGAGAAAGAAUUGAUACUCACUCAUAUCAAGGAUUGUCCUGUCGAAAAAAUAACUACAAACUCGGCUCAGCGCGAUGCGAUUAUGGCUGAAAUUAUUGCGAAAUAUAGCAAAAAGUAUGAUGCUCCUAAUUUCAAUCAUGAACCAGGAACCGACGCAAAUGUUAUAUUUGAAGCAACUUUGCGCGAAAACUUGUUGGAACUGGAGUCUAAAAUUACGGUGGGAUAUUUGGGCUGCAUGAAAGUUACGGAUCGAGAACAGUGGCGCGAAGCGCUUGAACAUUUUGAGUAUAAACAGCUUUCCGAACCACUCCUUUGGGGUCCCAAUAGGGUGGUAACAUUAAAGGAGAAGAAAGAUGACCAAGAAGAAGCAGAUGAAGGCAUGGAAGAUGGUGUUUCGGAUGAAGAAAAUGAAAAACAAUUGGUUAUGAACGUUAAAGAUCCUGGUUAUGAUUUGCCUGAUACAAUGAUAGUAGAGUCUGAAGACUCGAGCGACGAAGCCAUUUCAUUGCAUGAUUCGGCUACCUUAAAAGAAAAAGUUCAUUCUUUAGCCAAGGCAUUGCUUCAAAUCGAACAGUGCAUUGAUUCCAAGUUCUUUCGAUAUCCAUUUGGCCCAGAAAAACAAACAAAAGAUAAAGCUACAAUGACAAAGAAAAUGAUAUUAGGGCAACAGAAUAUUGCGCGUUGGGAAGAGACUUUGAUGCGCGCAACCAGUUUUUCUCAAAUUUUUCUGUAUUACAACGUGCUGUACGAUGCUAUUCAAUGGUCCAGAUCGGCAGAGCGUAUUGCCUGCAUGAUUUGCCGUAGAAAAGGUGACCCGGAUAUGACGCUGCUGUGCGAUGAUUGCAAUCGCGCUUGUCACAUGUACUGUCUUAAACCUAAACUGAAGCAGGUUCCGGAGGGAGAUUGGUUCUGCGUAAAAUGCCGCCCGGAAGAUUAUGUCAAGAAGAAGCAAACUAAAAAACGAAAGGUAUUUGUAGAAGAAGAACCUGUCGAGGAAGAGACAGCCGAAGAAGAGCUUGAUGAGACAGUUGGCGAUGAUAACGGUGACAAAGAAAGUUCGGACGAAUAUGAGGAAUUAAUUUGCAAAAAGUGCAAAGUUGCUGGGGCGUCGGCGGUUUGUUGCACCUGUAGCACAGCAUACCAUCCGGAAUGUACCAAAUCGCUUAGUAGUACACCCAAAAAGAAAUGGAACUGCGACAAGUGUAGCAAAAAUUUCUCGAAUGAACCCAGAAAUGCAAAGAAAAAAAAUAAAAACAAGAAAAAAAAUAAAAAAAAAGUAGCAGUUCGAUUGGCUGCUGCACCGGCUCAAGAUGAUAGUUUUGACUAUUCAGAAAUCGAUGUUGAAGCUGAGGUUGACGAUACAUUCCUAGACGAUGAACAAAUCGAUGACGUUGAAGCGAUAGAAAUCGAAGAUGUACAGGAAAAGACAUCAAAAAAACGAAAUUCCAAGCGCAAAGUUUCAGAUGAAGAAACAAACAGUAGCGAUGAUGAACCUCUAAUUUCUAAGGCUAAACGAAAUCGUCGAUCCUCAUCUAAACGUUCCAUGUCCAAUGGGUAUCAUGCCGAUGAUGCAGCAGUAUCUCCCCCGACCAGUAAACCCAGACGAUCUGUCUUGACAAAUCCCGCUAGUGAUGAUUUGGAUUCAUCGAGCUCUCGUCGCGCAAGACGUACUGCUGACAACCUACCGUUAAAUAGUGUAGCUCUGUAUACGCUUCUUGAUGAUAUCCUGAAGCAUCAAGAAUCAUGGCCAUUCGACAGACCAGUUUCUGUUAAGGAAGUACCAGAUUAUUACACUAUAAUUAAAAAUCCCAUGGACUUUGCCAAGAUAAAAUCAAAGUUAAAUAUGGGCGAAUACACAAUCAACGAACAAAUGAUGAAUGACGUGCAAUUGGUAUUCCGGAAUUGCGACCUAUACAAUACAGAUGAAACCGAGAUUUACCAAGCCGGCCGAAGCUUAGAGCGUUACGUACUUCAACGCGCUGAAGAAUUGUCGCUACCAUUCAAACCCAGCGACAUGCUAAAAAACGAUGACUCCAAAAAUGCUCGGUGCAGCGUGCUGGAUAUGACCGUGCUAGCGAGAGCUCUUGCUCAUCGGUGCUCGUGCUGCUUGUUAGCUCAAUGAACUUAGCUCCGACGCAUUAUGAUCCAGUGCACAGGAAUAGCACACGGUGCAGCACCGUUCUUGUUCAUGCCUGCCAAAAACUUUCAGCAACUAGUUCGACUGAUCCAGGAAACUAAGAUCCCUGAACAAACUGUCCCAGGCUAGUUACAAGUAACUACUCAAAGUGGUUGCUGCACCUACUCUCUCCAUUCCUGCUUUCUGUCAACCAUAACUGCAAACACCCUGAACAAACUGUCCCAGGAUAGUUACAAGUAACUACUCAAAGUGGUUGCUGCACCUACUCUCUCCAUUCCUGCUUUCUGUCAACCAUAACUGCAAACACGGUCCAAACAAUGAUUUGGUAUUUUCUGGCGUUCACACAAUGAAUAAUUUUCAAACUGCAAGGACUGAAUUUUAUAAAUGAAAAUCCAAACUUCAAA